AUGCUCAACCUCAAACGUUUUGUAUCGUAUGGAAAGCGGCGACAAAUUGCUGAUGAAUUUUCGUCGAAAAUCGAAGAGAUCAUACACUCACAACUAUUCCACGCUGGCGAAUUGAUCAUUAGUAAACACAAAGUGACGCUAUCGCAAGCUUGUGUACUACUGUGGCGGGAUUGGUUUACGGGAGACGUCGAUGGCCUUUGGACCGAUUCCUCGCGUCUCGCAGCCGCGUAUGCCUGUAUCUUGCUAGAGCUUAUCGCGUUGGGGAAAAUUUCUUGUAAACGUCAAGACGUAUUGGGCAAAACAACGAUUAGUCUUAAGGUAAAUUUGACUUUUAAAUUGUUUUUGGGUAACAUCUAAUUAACGCUUUACAAGCAUAUAUACUUGUAACUUGUUCACGAGUGGAAAUAUUUUGUGAAGAUAUUUUAUUCAACUUUAUAUUCAGGUUCAAGUUUUUCUUGUUUCUUAAUGCUGUUUUUCUUUUGUAUUUCCUGAGUUAAAGAAGGAUUGAGCGUCGUAUAAUACAUUGUGCUUUUCGUGUAUAUUGAAUGCUUUACCGUCACUGAACGCCUUCGCUCGAAACAACACUGUUCUUAGUCUUUUUUAGGUCAAGUAGUAUAGCUCAGACACGAACCAGGAAAGGUUUUUAAAGCGUGUCAAGCUGUUUUCGCGCUAUAGUUGCACAACUGAAGUGUUUUCACUACUAAUAGUAUACUAACGCCUAAUUUACAAUUCACGCUACUAAUAAACCGCUUACUGACGAGGUCGAGGGGCUGUCGCUUGAAACGUCGAACAGUUAUUAUACGACGUGCCAAACUCGACGACACCGUCUCAAUUUCAGUUCAAUGAUGAGCGCUAUCGUGAUUAUUGUAAUAAAUGUUUGAAGCUUCUUAAAGUUCAGGAGAAACGAUGUGAUGUUUACUUUAUUAACACAUCUAACGUACAAUAAACUUUCACGUUGUUGCAAAGACGUGAUAAUGCUUAGCUUAACGUUGCAUUCAGAGUGACAACGCUGUUGAAGAUUACCCCUGUGACCACAAAGUAUUCAUACUUCCUUGUCUUGCAUGAAGAAUUUUCCGUGUCGCGGAUCUUAAGCUCUCUAAUGUUUCGGAAACCAACUAGGGCAGGUUUAUAAUAUAGGUUUUCAAGCUGUUCACCAAUUUAUCCAAGGAAGCUUUGAUCAAAGACAAAGUGUGUGAUAUUGUGUUUCGAUGACCACGACCUUAAAUCAAAAGUCUUGGACGCUAUCGCAUGGUCACAAAAGAUUUUAUAUUGAAUUACAGUAAACCUUUUUAUAGUUUUGUCUUUGCGCUAUUUUAUCGCACAAUUAAUUUGGGAAGGUGAUACCUCUUUUCGAGGUGUAUAGAUGGAAAUUUCCAGUGAAUAUUGAAUGUCAUCAAUUCUCAUCAACUUUGUCUUUGAGUAGGUUCAAAAUUUGAUGAGAGUUAACGAGUUUUUGCUUGUUUGACCGGUAAUAUCCAGUCAACACUCAUUAGCAACUUUUGUUGUCGUUGAUGGAGAAAGUUGAUGAAACUCUCGUUCAAACUCUAGUCUGGCUUGCCCAACGAGAAUGCGUGAGAAUUGACGAGUUGCCGUGGCUUUUAGGUUCGUUUCCACUUAUCGCAAGAGUCAUAGUUUUCAAUGGUUUCAAAAUUGGUUUUGCGAUGAGUGGAAAAGAGGCUUUAGCCGUAACCAUCGUCAAAUGAAAGCGAAAAAAGUUUAUUUUCAAAUUUCGUUUGUUAUGAUAUGGUUCACGAAAUAAUGAUGGCUUGAUAACACUUACUGUUGUAUACUGUUAGUAGUCAGGCAUGUUAUUAAGUUCUGAAUUGAGUAGCAACGGCACAAGCCAUAAACAAACGUUAGGCAAUUAAAGUAAACUUAACUAAAAUAACUUUAUUUAUUCAGGAGAGUUCUAUAUUAGCUCUUUCUCCCUACACGGGUGUAUGUUAAGAAAGAAGGAAUCAGUGGCAAAUGGAGAAAAAAUGCUUUUGAGUGAAUAAACUGAACGGUUGUACGAAGGCCGCUUGGAAAGUAUUAGGUCCCAAGACCCAAGAAAAUCGUAUUCAAGCCCAAGAACCCAAGUCGCUUUUACGGAUUGUUCAUCGGAGCCAUAAUCGAGUUUUUUUAUACAUGAAUUUAAUCGAUCUCGGACUGAAUCAAACCAUAGCUAUGAUCUAACAACAUCACUCCAGUUAUACAUAUAGUUCAAUGGGAAAAUCUAUUGUUUAGUUGCUCACAACCGCCUGUUUUGGCUAAAUAUAUUAUUAUUAUUAACCUCGGACAAAUGUAUGGAUCAGUGUACGUCUGCAAUUAAGAAUGCAACAUGCUGACUUGUGUAGUUGUCAAUAUAGCCGAAGCCAAUAUUUUAAUAUUUUAUGCAUGCAGACGUUAACAGGCCUUUCUCUUGCAUUAGCAUGAUAAUGACUGAACAAAAAUGGAGACAAAAUUCAUAUUAUUAUCUGACAGAUGUUUUUCCCAAGCUUACAUUUUCCCUAAUUUAAAAACGUUGAGAUCGUUGUUUAAUAUGACUUUAAGACCCAGUUACUCGAUACCGGAUUCACAUCGGAGCGAGUCGAGCGACAUCGACUAAGACACUUUUUGGCGACUAAUUCUGUUAUAUCACUCCCCUUGAAACAACUGGGACCGAGGUUGCCCUUGAAACUGUAAAAUUUGAUGUCGCUCCGAUGCGAACCGGUAUCGUGUAAUUGAGGCCUAAAGCAAAGCUGUUAUUUGUCUUAUAUAGUUAUGUAGGCGUUCCGCCUUUCGCCUUUGUACUUCGUCUCAUUAAAACUGAUGAUGUGAAAAUGAGCAAAUGAAAAGAAAGCUUCUUGUGACAAUAUUAAACACUUUCAUGUACAAAUUUAACGCGGUAUUAGAAGAAUGGCAGCAACUUUAGGGCGAGGCGAGUAAGGCAUGAUGCAGAAUACACAAAAACAGCAAGCCAGUUUAGAAAGCGAUUGUAAAUUAAUUUCGUAUAGUUACAACAAAGUUCUCGUCACCAACAGUUCUCCGUUUUCGCGGUUAUAAAUUUUUUUGUCGUAGUAAUUAAAUUUUUCGAUUACUAUAUGCCUUAUAACUUGGUGAGGACUAUAUAUAAACUCAAAUUUAAAUCUGUUUUAAUUUUCAUUAUCUACGAGAUUCCAAAAAUUCAAACGUAUUCAUUUUCCAACAUUUUAUAUCCACAGAUUGUCGACAGAGAUAUGACAAAUUCCUAUCUGGAUCAGGCUGCAUUCUCUCACCUGUUAAAGCUUGACAAGACGGAGCAAGACAUGACCCUACACGACUGUUUGUUACAAGCUAUGAAGUGGAAGUGUUGUACACGAAAAAAUUGUGCGAGUUUAACUUUAGAAAGUUUGGAUGAGUUAAAGAUAUUGAGACGAGAUGGAGAAUGUUGCGGAUUCAACAGAUUAUAUCGAACUGUGGAUCUCGGUAAGUCUUGCAUGAAGAUUAGCAGGAUCUUAACAUAUUGAAGCCAAGAAUAUUGCAGCGGUUACCCCCAUUUGAAUAGAUGGCGGCCAUGUUGGAGUUUCCCACUCGCUAAUAAACGCUUAAAAAACAACAAUAACUUUCAUCAUUUGAACAGUUUGAAAAUGUAUUUGGAAUAGGUUUAACUUAAUGUUUAAGUUCCCUGUUUAAGAAAUAGAAAACAUACGAGUCUUCUCAUUUCAUUGGGAAUAUACUGAGUCUGCAAUCACGGCUUCAAUUUUUGAAUUGCAGAAUAAUUAGAUGCACUAUCUAGUGUGUAUAAGAUAUGCCAGAUUUUCAUUUGCACUUCAAUUUUUCCCCCCCCCCCCCCCCCACCUCCCAAGUAAUUUUCCCGCCCGUAUUCCUUUGUUUUGGGAGCUGACUGGUUCCCAGUCCCUGGAUGAAGAUUGAAAAAAUAAUGGUGCAUGAUGGGAAUGAUCAAGGCUAAAUAUAAUUGUAUACAUUUUUGCUUUCAACUUUAAAACGAUAAGUUGUUCUUGUUUCAGAACCUUACGCAUUGCUCGAAAAAGAGAUCCGGAUGAUCGUGUUGAAAUCCAAGCCUCCCGACUGCUAUAUGAGAAUAUUACUAACAUUAGUAAACAUUUCUGAUUCGUAUGUCCCGAAAAGAAAUAAACUUCUUAAGAGAUUUUUCACAAAGAAUGAAUAUUUGACUGCGGUUGAACGCUUACAGGCAUUGGCCAAUGAUUGGAGUUAUGAAACCAAGAAAUGA